GAUGGUUUGGGAUCGAGAAAGAUCUAUUAAAGGGAAGAACCUCCAGAGAAAAAAAGAGUCCUGAUGGUAUCAAAGAAGAGGAAGAACGCUACCGUAUCGUUCUAGGCUUGCUCCGUCCGCUCACCCGCACCUACCGAGCCAAUUAAAUCAUGACAGUCCCAGCCUCAACCCCCCUAACAAACUUCGCAACCUACAUCCCUCUCAAUUCUACACAAACGCGGGUCGGGCAUUUGGAUCUUGAAAGCCAGAAAAUAACCCCUCUCUCUCAUCCAUCGGGAACUCCUCUUACAAACCUCUACGAAGUCAUCUCAGCCGGCAAGAAUGCUCAAUUCGCCCCAACCUCCAGAUUCGAACCUCCCCUCAAGCUCUCCUCUGUUACUCUUCUCCCACCGAUAUCAGGUAGGGAUGUACUAGCUGUAGGAAAAAAUUAUGCCGAGCACGCAAAAGAAUUCAAUUCUAGUGGGUUCGACUCGAGCGACAAGAUUGACCAACCAACACACCCAGUCAUAUUCACCAAACGGGCCACAAGCAUUGUGGCAUGUGGGAGUGAGAUAUUCCCACACGCGGGAUGGACAGAAACUUUGGACUAUGAAGGAGAGAUUGGGGUAAUUCUGGGGAAGGAGGGCUUUGGGAUUCCAGAAAGUGAAGCUUUGGAUUAUGUUUGGGGAUUUACAAUCAUAAAUGAUGUAACAGCCCGAGAAAGGCAGAGGGAUCACAAGCAAUUCUUUCUUGGAAAGUCUGCAGACACAUUUUGUCCCAUGGGGCCAGUUGCCGUACCAAUAACAUCUCUCUCGGACUACCAAUCCCUGCGAAUAACAACGAGCGUAAACAAUGAACUUCGUCAAGACUCGAACCUCUCGGAACUAAUAUUCUCCAUCCCCACCCUCGUCUCCACCAUCUCGAGCAGCCAAACCGUUCAGCCAGGGGACGUGAUUGCGACCGGAACACCAGCAGGCGUCGGGAUCGGCCACACUCCCCCAGCGUACCUAAAGCCCGGAGACGUCGUGCAAGUUAGUGUGAGCAAUCUCGGAACACUGACCAACAAGAUUGGCACCCCCGGAAAAAGGCCACCACCAACCCCCCAGCAGUCACCCGCUCCACCGAAGAACUUUACCCAAUUGACCACUCUCCGCAAUAGAAAGCAGGUCUAUAUUGAACGCCACGGUGACCAAACCUCCUCUAAUGUCAUUAUCUUUGUCCACGGCCUCGGCGCAAACACGACGUUCUACCAUCCACUAUUGUCGCCAGCAUUAUGCAAGCAUAAUCUAAUCCUCUAUGAUCUGGAAGGUCUUGGCCAGACACCCACAGUAGCAAGUUCCGUCACUAGCAUACCCACCUACGUUGACGACCUCGAAAAUCUGAUGUCCUCCCUCCCCCUUCCCCCCGCCUCUAAGGUCUCCCUAGUAGCUCACUCCUUCGGCUGUCUCAUAGCCCUAACCUACGCCUCUAAACACCCCCUCCAAAACCUGAUCCUCCUCGGCCCCGUACCCAUACCCCUCAAACCCGCUCCCGCAGAAGCUGUCCUGAGGCGCGCCGACAAAGUCCGCGCAGAAGGCAUGCUCCCACUCACAGAAACCAUCAUCUCCGCAGCUAUUUCACAAAAGACUCGCAUGGCGAACCCCCUAGCAGUAACACUCAGCCGGUCCAUACUUCGCGGGAACGACGUGGAGGGGUACGCCAAGUGCUGCACCGCAUUCGCGCAGUUCACAGGGGAGGGUAUUACUUGGGAUGGAUUGAGGGUCUUUGGCGAGAAGGUUAUUAUUGCGGGCGAUGAGGAUAAGUCCGCGCCGCUCAGCGUUGUUAGGAAGACCGCUGGGAGAAUUCAGGCUAGGUUGGUUGUGCUCGAGGAGGUGGGGCAUUGGCUAGUUAUGGAGGACUUGGAGGGGGUUGGGCGGGUAGUCGAGGGAGUUUUCUGUUAGGAAGUGUGAUUCAACUCAGAUGUUUUUGCACUGCAAAUAAACGUCAUGCCUAAG